GUAUGCAGGAAUGAGUGAAGGGAGAGAAUUGGAAGAGAAAAGGAAGCGAAGAUAUUUAAUACGCAAUGUAUAAGCACGGUACAAUGAUUGUGGAUGAGCAAUUGCUUUGGCUGCGAAACAACCAAUCAGCUGCGAAUUGGACACAGGCUUUUCGGCAAUUGAACACAGGCUUUUCGGUCUUCGGUCCUGGGUCGUGGGUUCCUCAGUUCACAAAUAAUUUGCGUAUCUAAUUUCUUGGUUUCACUACGCUUCACUUCAGAGUUCAGAGCUACUUUGCUCUGCAUAUAUAGAAAUUCGGUCAUAUGUACGAGAGAGCGAGCGGGGAACAGAGAAAUAGAGUGACAAUGGUGAGGAUAUUAUCCAUGGCGUCGUCGAUUAAACCUUCGCUGUCCUGAUUUAGGUCUGCGGCUGCUGCAGGGCUUCCUUCUCGCUUCGCUGUACCCUUCGGUUCGUGUCUUGUCGCCCUCUCAGCUUAUUGCAUCUUGGCAGUGCUGAAGUGCUAGAGCAUAAGCUAAGGAAGUAUAUGAGCAGAUUCCAGUACCAAGAUUGGCUAAAAAUAGAGAACGAAUGCGCAUAGUGGAGGAGAUCACUUUGUGUGAGGAUUCCUAAAUCUGUUGGAGUAUAAGGAUUGUCAACAAGGGCAUUGUUUUCAACAAAAAUAAUGGCAGAUUACCAUUUUGUGUACAAGGAUCUGGAAGGUGCCUCGACGCAAUGGGACGAUAUCCAGAGAAAAUUAGGGAACCUUCCUCCCAAACCCCCUGCUUUCAAGCCCCCUUCUUUCACCCCAGCCGAAGACCCCGACUCAAAGCCCAAAGACAAGGCCUGGGUCGAUGACAAGACCGAAGAAGAACUUGAAGACCUUGAAGAUGAUCUUGACGAUGAUCGCUUCCUCCAAGAGUACAGGAAGAAGAGGUUGGCAGAGAUGAGAGAAUUAGCCAAAAUUGCGAGGUUUGGGUCAGUGAUGCCGAUUUCUGGAUCUGAUUUUGUGCGAGAAGUUUCACAAGCACCAGCAGAUGUUUGGGUUGUGGUGGUUCUUUACAAGGACGGACACGCCGAUUGCCAGCUUCUUUUGCAAUGUUUGGAAGAACUGGCUCAAAGAUAUCCGGCAGCCAAGUUUGUGAAAAUUAUAUCUACUGACUGUAUUCCUAACUAUCCUGAUCAAAAUAUUCCAACUCUUUUGGUGUACAACAACAGUGCAGUCAAAGCAAACUAUGUGGGUCUCCGUAGCUUUGGUCGGAAAUGCACACCUGAAGAAAUGAUGGAAUAGAAGGUAAAGGUGGCUGUUUUCGUAGUUGCAAGAAUUCGAGAUUCGGUUGGUGUUUCGUGUACCGCUACGAAGUUUGUUCUGAAAGCAGUUCUUGACAGUAUGAGGUAAAUCCGUCAAACUUGAGUUGUCUGAGUAGUUUUCAUGAUUAUUUAAGUUUCAUUCUGGCAGGACUUUACCAUGUUAACUGAGGAAGGAAUUCGGACCUAUGUACAUCUCCUGAGUCCUGACUAGACAAAACUUACUGGAUAUUUUCAAAUUUCUGGCUUUCAUUGCAGAGAAAUCGGAGAGAAAAAUCCAUGGACCUUUAAGACAAGUAAUAUCUAAAGUACCUGGUAGAUUGCUGACUAACUUCUUUUUUGGUUGGGGCACCAUGGGGACACUUAUGGCAUUUCUGUAAUUGUGGUACAAUGCCUCACUAGUCAUAUAUUGAGAUUGAUAAAGAUUGUCACAGCAUCUGGGUGGCUCUACCAGUCCUCCAUAAGAAACCUUCAUGAGUUUUAUUAUCCCUCUCCAUUUUAGAGCACUAAAUUGGAGUGUGGUAUAAUAUUUAAUAGGCAUUGACAAUGAAAAAAUAAAUAAAUAAAUAAGCAGCUCAUAAAUUUGAAUAAUUUUAUGUUGCUUUGGUGGACUUGGGAAGAGAUUAUUCAUGAAGUUGCUCAACCCAAAUCCUAGAGAAGAUCUCAAAUGACAGUUAUCCAGGAUAAUAUGUGCUCAAGUACCCUGCUGAUAAAAAAAUUUUAAGCAGUUAUCAAUGAAGCAAAGUAAUUCAUAUAUUCAUAUAAAAAAAUUCAUAAAAAAAUUUCCAUAGACGGAUUCAAUUCCCUCAUUUCUGAUGUCUGCAUUUCUUCACAAAUGCAAUAUUCAUGUAUUUGCUAAAAAGACCAGCACUUUUCGUAUGAAAAAUCUGUGUUUUUAGACAGGUUAUCUUGGCCACUCAACAACAGUCAAUUAAUUUGUUGGAAUUGGGUGUGCAUGGUGCUGCUUCAUUCUCAAGCAGAUUCUGCAUCAUGUAUUAAAUUUGUAUAGCUUUAAACAAGGUGGAAAAUUCUCUUUUCUCUGAGUAUGUGUACACAAUCUUUUUUGACAUUUUCAGCUAUUAUUUCAAAUAAUUACCUUUUAAGCAUACAAGUUUGAUAUUCCUCAUAUUCACUUUAGAUCAGAUGACAUGAUGAGGAAAAACAACUGUUACUUAGAUAGGUUUGCUGGAACUUCCCAGUCUGACCCAUAAUGCUUGUGCUUUUGGUUUCUCUGACAUAUUUGAGUAAUUGGCAAAGUAAAUAGUCUUCAUCAGCCAAAUAUGGAUCCUUGGAAGUGAGAGAGAGAGUUGUCAAUGCAAAUGAUGAUUUUGACAAGCAUUUAUUAUAUUUUAGUAUCCCUGUCAUCUUAAGUGCUCAAGGUGAUUGUUCUAUUUCUGAAGUUGAGGAGUCAAAAAUUAGGUACAAUCACAGAAGAAGAUGAGCUAAUCUUCUAUUAAUAUAACUGAGAAAAUAAGCUGUUCAAUGUUUAUUUCUAUAAAUUAGUUAUUAAAAUUUGGAUUCACCACUUGAACAUUAGAAUACAUUCACUUUUCCUGAUUGAGCAGAGUUUUAAUUAUGUAUACCGUACCUAGUACUUUUCAGGUUUUCUCAUUUCAUUCUGUCCAGUAUGUUGAUGUAUUCUUGCUUGAGGUAGCCUUUCAAGAGAUUCUCAGUUUUGCCGUGGUAUUCGCUUUAGUGACCGAUUGAACUCAAAUAUGUCAGUUCUGAGCUAAGUAUUCUAUUUAGAAGCUGUACGUUGAGAGCACCUGUUGGUUCUCAAAUUAAAAGUAUUAUCCCUGCAUUCUUCUAUUAUUGUAAAUUUAAGUUCUUUUUCCUUCUCUUCAGUUGUUAUGCAUAUUUGGUAUUCCAUAGAGAAAGUUAUCUUGAGUUUUAUUCUCUUCUUUGAUGGAGCUUUAGGAGAUUAUUUUUUAUCUCUUGAUGCAUCUUGAACACUACGUUUUUGCAAGUGCAGAAAGCAAGUGUUAUGUGAUACAUUGUGGAUACUAUUUUUGGAUUAGAAAGCCUAAGAAAGUAGCCUGGCUUAAGUAUAUCUUAGUUCAUUUUAUUACAUUAUACUGGCUCUAUUUCUAGCGAGUUACUGUGAUAUUCUUUUCUUUCUCUUCCUUUGAAGCAGGAUCAUUAAGAUAUAGUACUUCAAAUCAUAGCAGGUAGAUAGUUAUGCUUAAGAUCGAUUUAUGGUGAAGUAAUCAGGUUCUGCAAGCUCAAGUAUCGAGUAAUCAUCUAGAGAUGUUUGAGUCUGAUUUCUGGAAUUCCUUUGCUCUAAUCUGCCACCAUGUUGAGGUACAUAGCCAACAACAAUAUCAAACUUGAACUUCUAUGCAGCUUGGUUGGCUCAGAUUAUAUAAAAUCUCCUUCAGGUACCCCCGUUUUCUCCACCUUUAGAGAAUUAUGCAUCCACAUUAUGAUAGUGAUUCUUGAAGUUACUACUGCUUCUUGUCUAACGUGUUGGUCUAAAAUCACUGAUCCUGAAGUCUCAAGGUUGUACAAAUAGAACACCCAUGCUCACAUUCGUAGUUGGGCACAUUGUUUAACCAUUCAUCACUUUUGAGCUCCAUUGCUUCAUUAAGUACGAUGACAUGGAAUCAACUUCUUGCUUGGGACUGCCUUUAGAGGCCAACUAGAAAGCUAAAGAGGCCUGGAAUCCUGCAUUGGAACUCAAAUGAAUUAUCUGAACAAAAGGAAAAUGUCUCAAAAGGAGCAAGAAAAGCACCCUGCUGAGGCUACCUUGUUAUUAUGUGUCUCUCUUUGCCAUUCCUUCAGUAGCCAAAAGAGGGGAGCAGCUGCAAAGAUGUUUGCAAUGGGGAGGGAAGGAAGAUGAGAAGAAGGGGUCGCAUUUGAAUGGACGGGAAAAGGUCGAAUCACCAACCAGAUAUUGGGUUUGGGGGUAAGUGACCUUAGAGCCUUCUUUAUAGCUCUGUUAGGGAAAUAGCUAAGGAGAUUUGAUUAGAGCAACUAGCACUCUGAUGAGAAAAUAAUUGUUUUUUAUGUUUUUAUUUAAUAUACUUAUUUAUUUGUUAUUUCUUUGCCAUGUCUCAAAUAUCUCAGUUAUUUAGCUGCUCAGAACCCAGUGCAAUGAUCAUCUCUCUGAUGAAAAGUGAUUGAAAGUAGGAUGGGAGAGGGGAAGGGUGGAAAACUGCUUUCAGUUGCUAUCCCUGUGGCAAAGGUUUACGGAAGGGCAUUAGUAGGGAAAUCACUAAACUGUUUUGAAUUGCUAUUACACUCUUUACUUCGUCAACACAAGAAUCUUUUGUUUCUAUAAAGAUUAUUUCCCAUUUGAUUGGGAUUUAGCUUGAUGGAGAUUUCAUAUUCUUUCUCUUA